CGCCUGGACUCCCAGAAAUAGCGAGGGCGCCGACCAACUCCAUAGUCUGAGGUUCAUCAAUCAGUCCGGCCAGCAAACCACGCAAUCCCCCCCAGCCACGCUCCGGCCGUCCCCGUCUCUUCCGCCAUUGCCGGAAUCUCAAGGGGAGGAAGCUAUGGGGGCGACACGCGCGAGCGCCGACGAGAAGGAGGAAGGCGUGAUGGCGACGGACUUCUUCUGGUCGUACACGGACGAGCCGCACGCGUCGCGCCGCCGGGAGAUCCUGGCCAAGUACCCCCAGAUCAAGGAGCUCUUCGGCCCGGAUCCUCUCGCCUUCCUCAAGAUUGCUGCUGUUGUUUCACUUCAGCUAUGGACCGCCACGCUUCUGCGCGACGCUAGCUGGUUGAAGAUGGUGACAAUUGCUUACUUCUUUGGUUCCUUUCUGAAUCACAAUCUCUUCCUCGCAAUCCACGAACUCAGCCACAACCUUGCGUUCACAACACCAUCUCUAAACCGCUGGCUAGGUAUCUUUGCAAACCUCCCAAUCGGUGUCCCAAUGUCGGUAACAUUCCAAAAAUACCACCUGGAACACCAUCGCUUCCAAGGCGUGGAUGGGAUCGACAUGGACAUCCCCAGCCAAACAGAGGCACAUGUAGUCAAGAAUACCAUUAGCAAAUCCGUGUGGGUCGUGCUCCAGCUCUUCUUCUACGCGCUUAGGCCGCUCUUCCUGAAGCCGAAGCCUCCAGGAUUGUGGGAGUUCACCAACCUCACCAUCCAGCUCGCGCUUGACGCCACCAUGGUGUACCUCUAUGGCUGGAAAUCGCUCGCCUACCUCAUCCUGUCGACGUUCCUCGGCGGCGGCAUGCACCCAAUGGCCGGCCACUUCAUCUCGGAGCACUACGUGUUCAGCCCGGAGCAGGAGACCUACUCGUACUACGGGCCUCUGAACCUGAUGACAUGGCACGUCGGAUACCACAACGAGCACCACGAUUUCCCCAGGAUCCCAGGCACCAAGCUGCACAAGGUGAAGGAGAUCGCGCCUGAGUACUACAACAGCCUGAAAUCUUACGGGUCCUGGAGCCAGGUGAUAUACAUGUACGUGAUGGACCAGACGGUCGGGCCUUUCAGCCGGAUGAAGAGGAAGGCGCCCAAGAAAGACACUUAGGAGAACUUCUACCUGUAGUUUAGUUUUUUGCCAGAGAUAGCUGUUUCAGAUUAUGUUUUGCCUGGGCGUUCGGCUACUGUCUCACUGAGUGGUUAAGUUGAAGGCAUUUGGUUUGUAUGCUUACGAAUCGGCACCUGUACCAACUUGUAGGAUUGAUCAUAUGUGUACUAUGCUGUGUAAUUUCCA